AAAGCCCGAUUGGCCCAUUCCCAACCCCACCCACCUCCCGCAUCACCUCUGUCGGAUCUCCCGACACCUCCCGCCGCCGCCCCUGGCUCCAGCGCGCUUCUUCCCUCUGACCGGCGUCGCCGCCGCACUUCCUUCCACACGGCCGGCGCCCCUCUCGCCGGAGCGCCACCUCCCAAUCCGCCGGCGCUCCUCCUCCGACUCCAGCCUGAUCCACCCUGAUGCGCGUGACCCACCGGGCGCCGCACCUGCAUCUCGCCGCCCCGCUCCCUGGCCACCGGAGCGCCAUCCUCCCUACUCCACCGCCGCCACCCUGCUCCUGGCCGAAACCCAUGACGCCCCGUCUCUCCUCCCUGGACCGUUGUUGCGCGCCGCCAAUGCGGGACACCUCCCCGAUGCGCUGCUGCCGUGCUGUGGAUGACCACGAGCGACCUUCUUCCACCUCUCCAAGCGCCGCCACUCGGGACGCCACACACUCAGGCUCCCCUGCCGUCGCGAACUUCUUGCUCCUGCCACCACGACCUUCUCCCCCUGCCGCCGCGUCCUUCUUCCACGCACUCAGAACUUGGCCAUUUUUGGACGAGGAAUCAAGAUCACCCCUGCUGUCCUGUUUGGAUCUACUCGGUUGCUGGUGUUUUCUUCGAGGCUACUCACACCCGAGCUCCCACUAGCUACGGCAAUCUCAUUCCCGCAGCGGAUGUCGCCGACCUCGACUAGUGGUUGCCGGAUUUUGUGUUUCUUAUGUACAAAACUGAUGCAUUUCUUCUCUUGUUUCUGCAGUUUUCUUAACUGAACUUUACUGUGUCGACUGAUUGAACUGCACAGAACUUAACUGUCUAGGCUGCAAGGGUGUCACGAGAAGGUGGCUCGAGCCGGCGGGAGAUGCAGCAGUUCGAUGCAGCCCCUCCAUGUCGUUCAACUCAUGCAACCAGCUGGCUCAAAGCCAAUAGUGAGCUCCUACUUCGACUCACUGCCCAAAUAGCUUCUGGGCAUGUGUCGAUGUGUGGUUGAAGCUCUUUCUUUCUCUCCAUAGUCUCAUGUGCUGAUGAUGCCCUCUCAGUCUCUCUUAUCUCAGUUUGGCACACCCAAAAAAUGAUUUUGUUACUCUCAGUUUGGCACGCCAUUGCUGGUUGAGGAAGCUUUCUCUGGUACCUGUCAUGGCAAGAGCUUGAGACGAUGUGGUUGGGCGUGCAGGUACUGCAUGCCGGACCCACAGGAGGACUUCGGGGAGGGGUACGAGGGGAAGCAGGUGGUGGUGGAGAACCUGCGGCAGCUAUGCGUGCACCGGGUGGCCAACAAGAGCGGGCGGCCGUGGGCGUGGUGGGACUUCACCAUGGACUACAAGCUGCGGUGCUCCAUGAAGGAGAAGAAGUACAGCAAGGCGUGCGCUGAGGAGGUGGUGGCCUCGCUCGGGCUGUCGCUGGAGAAGGUGCUGGCGUGCAUGGGCGACCCCGACACUGAUGCUGACAAUGCCGUGUUGUCCAAGGAGCAGGAGGACCGGAUCGGGCGCGAGUCGCGCGGGGGACGUCACCAUCCUGCCCACGCUCGUCAUACACGACGUCCAGUACAGAUGGAAGCUGGAGAGGACGGCGGUGCUCAAGGCCGUGCGCGUCAGCUUCAAGGAGGGGACCGAGCCGCAAGUCUGCCUGAGCCAUGACAUGGAGACGAACGAGUGCCUGCACCAGAACGGCGGGUGCUGGCGGGACAAGGCGACGAACAUGACGGUGUGCAGGGACACGUAGCGGGGCAGGGUGUGCGAGUGCCCCAUGGUGAACGGCGUCCGCUACGACGGUGACGGGUACACCCACUGCAAAGGUACCUACCUGCAUUUUUCUCCUCUCGAUAGCACUAGGGAAACUGUGCUGGAGGUUCACUCAUAGUACCAUGUGCUGAUGCUUAGCCAGAAAGCCAAUCUUUAUGUAUUCUGAAUGUGAACCGGGUGCACUCUAUGUGUUUGCUAUUAUGCGUGCUAGAACUGAAGCAUUUUUGUGAUUAGCUCUUUUUUUGUUCUGAUGAAGCAAGUACUAGUUGCUCCUGCCAUGCUACCUUUGGUCGAGAGCACAUAGCUCAGUAGACAGAGCUUGACAAGAUAGAAAUGCAACAUGUGGUGCAGAGAAGGCCACAUUUCUCAUGCGGCACACAUUUUCUUUUUUUCUCUUUGUAUGUAAAAAGGGUGUUUAGGCUUACCACCACAUUUAGGGAUCCAUUUUCGGUCUCCUCCACCAUGCUCCUGCAGGUCGACUGCAUCGCCACACGAAGUUCACAGGCCAUAGCUACGGACGGACGAAAUUCCAACUGUACUGCAACCCCUCAGGAUCCACAGUGGCCAAAGAUGGCGAUCCACAGUUGUUCGGUGUAAUGCCUAAGGAGAAAACAAUGUCUCUCUCACUUUUGUUUUUCGAAAGACCUACCUAUCAUCUUGCCGCUGCUGCGUUAGAGUGGCUCCAUCUGCAGAUGGGGGAGGUCUCGACCUGCAGCUGGGAGAAGUCUCGACCUGCACCUGGUCACGCGUGCCACUGCCACUUAGGUCCACCACCUACAGCUGGCGCCGCAGUGCCUCAACCAUUCAACUAUGCCACCUCAGCAGUUCAAUAUAUAUUGGAGAAGAAGAAAAAACAACAGUAGGUUCAAAUGUUGUGUUUUGUGAUUGUUGUAGACUUGCAGCAAAUUAGAGGUGGUCUCAAAGAAAAAAAUUGUUCCCUUUGAUGGAGCACCUGGCCGUUCCAUUUGUUUUGUUUUGUUUUGCAAAUUGCUAGUUGGCCGUAUAGCUUCAGUAGUGGUAUAAUGCUUUAGGUUCCUGACUAUUGGUCUUGAUGUUUGGCCGUACUUGAGGUUCCAUGCUUGAGGUUGAGCUCGGUAAUGUAUACGGGAGCAGUUUGGAUUUGGUAUU